GCAAACUAAAGAGACCAAUUGAUACGUGGACAGUGAGCGAACUGUCAUAUUGGGGUGUGUUGGCUUAUUACUGAUUCGGCAAAUAAUAUUUGGCCAUCUCAAGAAUUUAUUUGUUUACUCGAUCUCUGAAAUUAGAGGCCAAAUUGGUUGGCCAUCUAAAUAAGGGAAAUUUGCGUUUAUCUUUUUCAAGAUGACGACUUCCAAUGAGUUCUCCAAUCCGCUCCGGAAAUUCAAGCUGGUGUUUCUCGGCGAACAGUCUGUUGGAAAGACAUCACUGAUUACGAGGUUCAUGUACGACAGUUUUGACAAUACUUAUCAAGCCACUAUUGGGAUAGAUUUCUUGUCUAAAACAAUGUACUUAGAAGACAGAACUGUUAGGUUGCAGCUGUGGGAUACCGCAGGACAGGAGAGAUUUCGCAGCCUUAUACCUUCAUACAUCCGUGACUCUACAGUAGCUGUGGUGGUUUACGACAUAACAAAUGCAAAUUCCUUCCAUCAGACAUCCAAGUGGAUUGAUGAUGUGAGAACAGAAAGAGGGAGUGAUGUGAUAAUUAUGUUGGUUGGAAACAAAACAGAUCUCUCAGACAAGCGGCAGGUUUCUACCGAGGAAGGAGAACGGAAGGCGAGGGAGCUUAACGUUAUGUUUAUUGAAACAAGCGCUAAAGCUGGCUACAACGUUAAACAGCUUUUCCGACGUGUAGCCGCCGCACUUCCCGGUAUGGAAGCUGAUAAGAAACCUCCAGAAGACAUCACGGAGAUCGAUUUGAAUAACGCACCGGUGGAGCUGAAACCUGCAGAGGGCGGCUGUGCAUGUUAAACAAACAAUAAGAAAUCCUCCUUUCCUCCCUCCUAAAAUCAUUACUUUUCUUCGUCGUUACACGACUUUAUUCAAACAUUAAGAGCAAUAGUUUUGCCUGCUUUCUCGUCUUAUAUGAGCAAGAGAUAGCGAUAAAACAAAACAUAUUUAUCGUCAAUUUUCAUCCAUACCGUUUAGUGUUUUUGCUAAAAAUAUAAGGGACGGUUUGAGAACAUUAAAUUGGCGGAAUGAAAUUUCAGAAUAAUUUUUCUGGUUGGUAACGAACGAAAAACAAAAGAAAAGUAAAACAAAUGGUAGCUUUACAUCUCGAGUGCUUAUAUCGUUAUACAGCCCCUAUCAUCAUCAGAAGCACUCUUAAAUUUUGAAUCCUUCGUUUAUUUCAUUACUUUGGUCUUCACUAGUUUUUAUCCAAUAAUUGGGUCUUCCGAAAUGUUUUUCAAGUUAUUUAAUUCAUUAAUAUCAAAUAAUGCUAAUUAAAAAGAGAUUCUUUGUUUUUCCAAACCCGCUGGAAUGCGUUUUUUCUCUUACACCCUCUAUACUUAUAUCUCUUUCUUUCAAACAAAUGAAUGGCAUGUUUGAUUCUGUUUACGUCACGUUUCUACGUGGCACUCACCUGAACUUUUGUCCUGAUAAUGUUGUGUGUGGAUCAUCAAAUCAUCUUAAUACACCGCUUGCUUUUCUUUCCUCCCAA